AGCCUUGCCCAACACACUCCUCCCUCAGUUAACAGGAUACAGUGCUUUGAAAGACUACCGAACACAACAGUAAAAUAGCAGAAGAAACCUACUACAACUACCACUGCUGAACCUUAAGCAGUAAACUUCCAAAAAGGGAUACAAUGGCAAGACAUACAUGGAUUUGCCUUCUAUUAAUAGUCUGCAUAUUUGUGAUGAUCAGUGAAGUUUCAUUAAGUAAGCCUUCAAUUAAUCUUCCUGAUUGGAGGCCAAAUGCAGAUUAUAUUACAAAGUGUGAUUUUGACAGUGAUCAGUCUCCAUUCUGUGGCUGGAGUGUACAGGGGUUAAUCAGAAACCAUGCAGGACAUGAGCAAUUCUACCUCUCAAGAGAUCCAGUGAGCCCUGUAACUUGGCUAAAGAGUGAGGUUCUGUAUCUGUCUGGAGACUCGUGUCUUGAAUUUUGGUAUUAUAAACCAGGGCAUGAAAGCUCAGAACUGCGAGUCCUGAUAAGUGAUGAUGAUCUCCAAACACAAAUCUGGAGCUCUCUGCACACCGAUGGCUACACCUGGAAGCAGGUGCUCAUUCCACUGAGUUACUCAGAGAUUCCUGUGAAGAUUAUUUUUGAACUUCCACAAAGCCCGGGAAUGGAAGAAACUGUAUUUGACAGGAUUGGAGUACAGCGGGGACAUUGUGACUCUCAGUGCCAGCCAGGCACUCAGUUCUGGACAGAUGAAAUCACUCAGUGCACAUGUAUUGAAAGUCAGCUGUCCUGUGCCCAAAUUGCAUGUGGGGAUGGUCAACCCUGCACUAAGAUUGUUCAGUCCAAACGGUCAAGUGACUCAUUCGCAUCUGGCACCUGCAAAGUUAUGAGUGACCUGCGAUACACAACAUUUGAUGGGGUCAAAUCCCAUUUCAUGGGUCAUUGUAUCCAUGUGCUGACAGAGGUGUGUGAUGAGGCUGGAUUGCUUCCAAACUUUCUAGUGGAAGUGAAGAAUGAGCAAAUAGGCAAAUCAUCUAAAUUCCAAAUCCAGCAGGUGAAUCUGAACAUAAAAAGUCUAAGAGUGACUCUACCAAGAAGAAACAAUAGAAAAAUCAUGGUAAAUGGAAUUUGGAGGAAUCUCCCCCUAAGUAUAGAUAAAGACACAAUAAAAAUCAGUGCCAAUGGACUAGCUGUGGUGCUUCAGACAAACUUCAACCUGUCUGUUUCCUUUGCGAAAUCUGGUGCCCUUCAGGUAACCGUACCAAUCCAGUACUCAAACAAACUCUGUGGUAUGUGUGGCAACUUUAACAAUGUAAUGGAUGAUGAUAAGAACAUACCAGACAGAUCUCUCGUCAAAGACACCCAGAUUAUGGGGCAGAAGUAUAAGAGUGCCAAUUCCUUCUGCCAAGAGCCCACUGUACCAAGCGUGUGUUCAGAAUCUGAGAAGACAGAAUAUGCAAGCAAGAUUUACUGUGGAGUUCUGCUGUCCCAAAAAGGCCCCUUCUCCAAGUGCUCUUCUUCUCUUGAUACUUCAAGCCUCUUCAGGAGCUGUAUAUUUGAGAUGUGUACUACUAAAGGAUAUCAGGAGGCCUUCUGUGAUGUCCUGCAGGCAGUUGAAAAGUCCUGCAGUGAGGUUGGAAUUUCUGUGACUGGAUGGAGAAAUGCAACUCACUGUUCUCUGUCCUGUGGGUCUAACAGCCACUUUAAUGCCUGCUCCAGUGAUUGUCCUGCCACUUGUUCUGUCCUGGAUGCUGCAGAGGAUUGUGUAAGGUGUCAAGAGAGAUGUGACUGUGAUGAUGGUUUCCUGCUAAGUGCAGGAAAGUGUGUACCUGUGGAAGACUGUGGUUGCUGGGUGGAUGGACAGUACUAUGAGAGAGGAGAGACAUUUAUGGAGGCUGACUGUGAGAGGCUGUGCACAUGUGCAGACCAUGGCAAUAUUCAGUGUUCAGCUACUUCCUGCCUGGCCCAUGAAGUCUGUAAAGUCAAGAAUGGGGCCAUAGGAUGCUUUCCCUCCAGCCCAGUGACCUGCAGUGUAUAUGGUGAUCCCCAUUACAUCACCUUCGACGGCAAGGCCUAUUCAUUCCAGGGAACCUGCAACUACACUAUUGCUAAAACAUGUAGCAUUGGUGCAGUUCAGUUCACACUAACAGCACGGAAUGAGGGGAUGAGAAACUAUACGUCUUCAUCUCUUAACUCUGUGGUUCUGGACCUGAAUGGCUUUCACCUUGCAAUCAGAAACAACAAGCUUGUUUAUGUGAAUGGAGUCCAAAUCACUCUUCCUUUUUCACACAGCACCUCAGUGAGUGUGUCCCAAACAGGUCCAUAUGUAAUAGUGGAAACAAACUUUGGUUUGAGGUUCCUGUUCAAUGGAAAUGACCGGCUCUUUGUGCAAGUAGAUGAGAGACACAAGGGCAGGAUGUGUGGACUCUGUGGAACCUAUUCUGGAAGUCAGUUUGAUGACUUCUUGACAUCUGGUGGCAAUGUAGUCCCAUAUCCACAUGAUUUUGCUAAUAGUUGGAAUACUCAUGACAAGGACUGGCCUUGUGUCAAUGGCUCUCAGAAUAAACCCGAAUGUUCACCUGAGCUGGACAGCAAGGGAUUUCAGGAGUGUAGUAAGCUGUUUGGAGAUGCCUUCAAAGCCUGCCACUGGUUCGUGCCCCCUCAGAUCUAUGUGAACAGCUGUGUGCAAGACUAUUGCACCUCAGGGGGGGAGCAGACCCAGCUAUGUACUUCUUUACAAAAUUAUGUGGCCGCCUGUGAAGUGGCUGAGGUGUUUCUGGGAGACUGGUGGAAGGGCACAGUCUGUGAUGUUCCAACCACACCACCAACAGUAGAAACAAACAUCACAACACCAUCACAACCCACCACCCAAAAUUCCAGUGCAAGUUGUUCAUGGAGCUGCAGCUUUGACCAAGAUGAAUGUGGAUGGGAACAGUUAAUCCAGGACAGUUUUGAUUGGGCAAGAUGGUCUGGAUCAACACCCUCUGAUUACACUGGUCCAACCAGUGACCACACUACAGGAAGUGGCUUUUACAUGUAUAUUGAGGGUGAUGGAGUCUACCAUGGUGACUCAGCACGGAUGAUGAGUCCAGUGUGCAAUACUUUGGGCACCCAGUGCAUGACCUUCUGGUAUCACAUGUAUGGUUGGGCAACAUCCAUGAUGCUUAAUGUCUACCUGCUAGAAGAGAACCAUGCCACCAAAAUAUGGUCUAGAGAUAAUAGUCAAGGCAACCACUGGCACCUAGCUCAAACUGAGAUCAACCCAAUGGGACCGUUCCAGAUUAUUGUGGAAGGCAUUAGGGGUUCAAAUGCUCAAUCAGAUGUGGCAUGGGAUGAUGUUAUCAUAGUACAUGGAAAAUGUAGAGCAGUUAGCGUAAUGCCAGAACCUGAGGUACCAUCACCAACCAGUGGAGACCUGUCUAUUACUACCUCAGUGUGUGGAAUCGAUUGCAAUUUUGACAACAAUCUUUGCACAUGGACACAACUGUUGACCGAUGUUUUUGAUUGGACGAGACACAGCGGUCCCACCCCUACAUCAAUGUCUGGGCCCUUAUCUGAUCACACAACAGGAACUGGUUACUACGUGUACAUUGAGGGUGACAGCGCCGUUCAUGGAGACACAGCUCGACUCCUUAGUGAGGAAUGCUUUGAUGUUCAACCCCAGUGUCUGCAGUUCUGGUACCACAUGUACGGCUCCAGCUGGACCAUGGGCCUGAGUGUCUAUUUGUUGCAUGGGAAUGUGGCUCAGGAGAUCUGGAGAAAAAGAGAAAACCAGGGGGACAUCUGGCAUCAGGCUCUAGUGGAUAUCACACCACAUGAUAAAUUCAUGAUUUUAUUUGAAGGACGCAGAGGAGACAGUGCUAGGUCAGAUGUGGCUCUGGACGACAUAUCUUUACACAGAGGACCCUGUGCAGGUUUAGUGAGCUAUCUGACUGUUUCACCUGCACCUGGAAAGCCAAUACUAAUCCCGACAGUCACCAACCCAACCACAAAAUCUGCAUUUUCACCUGUAUGCACAUUUGACUGCAAUUUUGACAACAACCUGUGCACAUGGAGUCAGUUAGCGACUGAUGUUUUUGACUGGACAAGACACAGUGGAACCACUUCUACAGCAAUGACUGGCCCCUCAUCUGAUCACACAACAGGAACUGGGUACUACCUUUACAUUGAGGGUGACAGUGCCACUCAUGGAGACACAGCACGACUCCUCAGUGAUGAAUGCUCUGAUGUGCAACACCAGUGUUUGCAGUUCUGGUACCACAUGUACGGCUCCAGCUGGACUAUGGGUCUGACUGUCUACCUAUUGCAUGGGACUGUGGCCCAGGAGGUCUGGAGAAAAAGAGAAAACCAAGGGAACGUUUGGCAUCAGGCUCUAGUGGACAUCACGCCCCAUGGCAAAUUCAGGAUUUUAUUUGAAGGACGUAGAGGCCACAGUGAUAGGUCAGAUGUUGCUCUGGAUGAUGUCUCCUUACACAGAAGAUCCUGUGCAGGUUUACUGAAAGAUCCAACUGGUUUCCCGUUGCCUGAGCUGUCAACAGUAAUCUCUAUAGUCAGCAGCACAACUACACCUCCACAACCACCUACAAAAACCACUACAGUCAUGCCUGUUCACAGAAAUGUUCCUGCACCAGAGAAAUCUGCUUUGUCACCUGUUUGUAGAAUGGACUGCAAUUUUGACUACAAUUUGUGCACAUGGACUCAGUUAUUGACUGAUGUUUUUGACUGGACAAGGCAACAAGGCUCCACCCCUACAAUGAUGACUGGUCCCUCGUCUGAUCACACAACAGGAGCUGGUUGCUACGUGUACAUUGAGGGUGACAGUGCCACUCAUGGAGACACAGCACGUCUCCUCAGUGAGGAAUGCUCUGAUGUUCAACCCCAGUGUCUGCAGUUCUGGUACCACAUGUACGGCUCCAGCUGGACCAUGGGCCUGAGUGUCUAUUUGUUGCAUGGGAAUGUGGCUCAGGAGAUCUGGAGAAAAAGAGAAAACCAGGGGAAUGUCUGGCAUCAGGCUUUAUUGGACAUCACACCCCAUGAUAAAUUCAGGAUUUUAUUUGAAGGACGCAGAGGAGACAAUGCUAGAUCAGAUGUGGCUCUGGAUGACAUCUCUAUACACAGAGGACCCUGUGCAGAUUUAAUACACCAUCAGACUGUUUCACCUGUACCUGGAAAGCCAACACUAAUCCCAACAGUCACCAGCUCAACCACAAAAUUUGCAUUUUCACCUGUGUGCACAUUUGACUGCAGUUUUGACACCAACCUGUGCACAUGGAGUCAAUUAGCAACUGAUGUUUUUGACUGGACGAGACACAGCGGUCCCACUUCUACAGCAAUGACUGGCCCCUCAUCUGAUCACACAACAGGAACUGGUUACUACCUGUAUAUUGAGGGUGACAGUGCCACACAUGGAGACACAGCACGUCUCCUCAGUGAGGAAUGCUCUGAUGUGCAACCCCAGUGUCUGGAGUUUUGGUACCACAUGUACGGCUCCAGCUGGUCUAUGGGUCUGACUGUCUACCUAUUGCAUGGGAAUGUGGCCCAGGAGGUCUGGAGAAAGAGAGAAAACCAGGGGAACAGCUGGCAUCAGGCUCUAGUGGACAUCACACCCCAUGGCAAAUUCAGGAUUUUAUUUGAAGGACGUAGAGGCCACAGCAAUAAGUCAGAUGUUGCUCUGGAUGAUGUCUCCUUACACAGAGGACCCUGUGCAGGUUUACUGGAAGAUCAAAUUCGUUUCCUGUUGCCUGAGCUGUCAACAGUAAUAUCUACAGUCAGCAGCACAACUACACCUCCACAGCCACCUACAAAAACCACCAUAGUCAUGCCUGUUCACAGAAAGAUCCAUGCACAAGUGAAAUCUGCUUUCUCACCUGUUUGCAGAAUGAACUGCAACUUUGAUUACAAUUUGUGCACAUGGACUCAGUUAUUGACUGAUGUUUUUGACUGGACAAGACAACAAGGCUCCACUCCUACAUUGAUGACUGGUCCCUCAUGUGAUCACACAACAGGAACUGGUUACUAUGUGUAUAUUGAGGGUGACAGUGCCACUCAUGGAGACACAGCACGUCUCCUCAGUGAGGAAUGCUCUGAUGUGCAACCCCAGUGUCUGGAAUUCUGGUACCACAUGUAUGGCUCUAGCUGGACUAUGGGUCUGACAGUCUACCUAUUGCAUGGAAAUGUGGCCCAGGAGAUCUGGAGAAAAAGAGAAAACCAGGGGAACGGCUGGCAUCAGGCUCUAGUGGACAUCACACCUCAUGACAAAUUCAGGAUUUUAUUUGAAGGACGCAGAGGAGACAAUGCUAGGUCAGAUGUGGCUCUGGAUGACAUCUCUAUACACAGAGGACACUGUGCAGAUUUAAUAAACCAUCACAUUGUUUCAGCUGCACCUGGAAAGGCGACACUAAUCCCGAUAGUCACCAGCCCAACCACAAAAUCUGUAUUUUCACCUGUGUGCACAUUCGACUGCAAUUUUGACAACAACCUGUGCACAUGGAGUCAGUUAGCAACUGAUGUUUUUGACUGGACAAGACACAGUGGUCCCACUUCUACAGCAAUGACUGGUCCCUCAUCUGAUCACACAACAGGAACUGGAUACUACCUGUACAUUGAGGGUGACGGUGCCACUCACGGAGACACAGCACGUCUCCUCAGUGAGGAAUGCUCUGAUGUCCAACCCCAGUGUCUGUUGUUCUGGUACCACAUGUAUGGCUCCAGCUGGACUAUGGGUCUGACUGUUUACCUGUUGCAUGGGAAUGUGGCUCAGGAGGUCUGGGGAAAGAGAGAAGACCAGGGGAACGUCUGGCAUCAGGCUCUAGUGGACAUCACACCCCAUGGCAAAUUCAGGAUUUUAUUUGAAGGACGCAGAGGACACAAUGCAUGGUCGGAUGUGGCAGUGGAUGAUGUCUCCUUCCGCAGAGGAACCUGUGCAGAUUCAGUGAAACAUUUGGUUGGUUCACCUACACCUGACAUUACCCAAUGGUAAUCUCUACAGUCAUCAGUAAAUCUGCACCUUCACAGCUUGUCAGAUAAACCAAUACUGUCGGAUCGUGUCAUUCUUUCACAACCUUCAGCACCUGGACCAUAUCAUACCACCUCUCUGUCUCAAUCUGGACUUUUGCCUUAAGUUAACAAUCUUGUCUAACUAAUCACUGAUAUUGCUGAAUCUAUAAUUGUUUUGUUAGAUUAUCUAACAAAGCACAAUUACUUUGUGACUGUGCUUACAUUCAAUUUGCAAGUAACUGCACUUUGAGUUUUUCUUUCACUUGAUCUAUUUUAUUUUACAUUUACUCACUGUUUCAAAGGGAAAAUCUGUACUUUAUAUUCAGUUAUUUUAAAUAGCAGAAUAAAAUAUAAACUCUAAUAGAUGA